UGCUGGCCGCUGGCUGGAACCUGUUGCUCCGUAGUUCCGUGUUGUGCAAUGGACGGCAGUGUCCACCACGAUAUAACAGUUGGUACUAAGAGAGGAUCUGACGAGCUUUUCUCCAGUGUCUCCAACGGCCCGUAUAUCAUGAGCACCACAGCCAAUGGCAAUGACAGUAAGAAGUUCAAAGGUGACAUAAGAGGUCCCAGCUCGCCGUCCAGAGUCAUCCACAUCCGGAAACUCCCCAGCGACAUUACGGAGGCCGAGGUAAUCAGCCUCGGACUGCCCUUUGGAGACGUCACCAACCUGCUCAUGCUCAAAGCGAAGAACCAGGCCUUCUUGGAGAUGAACUCAGAGGAAGCAGCUCAGAACAUGGUGGGUUAUUACUCCACAGUGAUGCCCAUCAUCAGGCACCACCCCGUCUACGUUCAGUUCUCCAACCACAAAGAGCUGAAGACAGACAACUCCCCUAACCAGGAGAGAGCCCAGGCGGCUCUGCGGGCCCUUAGCACGCCUCACAUGGACACGGCAGGGGUAGCUCCAAGCUCAGUGCUGAGGGUGGUGGUGGAGAACCUGGUGUACCCCGUCACCCUGGAUGCCCUUUGCCAGAUCUUUUCUAAGUUUGGCACCGUGCUGAGGAUCAUCGUCUUCACUAAGAACAGCCAGUUUCAGGCUCUGCUGCAGUAUCCUGAUGGAGCGUCCGCUCAGGCUGCUAAACUGGCUCUGGAGGGACAAAACAUCUAUAAUGGCUGCUGCACGCUUAGGAUCAACUUCUCCAAACUCACCACACUCAACGUCAAAUACAACAACGAGAAGAGCCGAGACUUCACCAGACCGGACCUGCCCUCUGGAGACAGCCAGCCUGCCAUGGAGCACCCGGCCGUGGCCACUGCCUUCACUCCAGGUAUCAUCUCAGCAGCUCCAUACGCCGGCGCAACUCACGCCUUCCCACCAGCCUUCACACUCCAACCUGCAGUGUCCCUCCCCUAUCCAGGCCUGACGGUCCCCUCCCUGCCCGGAGGCCUGGCCUCUCUGUCCCUCCCCGGGGCCACCAGGCUGGGAUUCCCCCCUCUUCCCGCUGGACUCGGCGUCCUGCUGAUCAGCAACCUCAACCCUGAGAGAGUAACGCCGUACUGCCUCUUUAUUCUCUUCGGUGUUUAUGGUGACGUGAUGAGGGUGAAGAUUCUGUUCAACAAGAAGGAGAACGCUCUGGUUCAGAUGUCGGACAGCACGCAGGCUCAGCUAGCUAUGAGCCACCUCAGCGGACAGAAGCUCCACGGGAAGCCUCUACGCAUCACGCUGUCCAAACACACGAGCGUCCAGCUCCCCCGUGAAGGCCAUGAAGACCAGGGUCUUACCAAAGACUACAGUAACUCCCCUCUGCACCGCUUCAAGAAACCUGGCUCUAAAAACUACUCCAACAUCUUCCCACCAUCUGCCACUUUACACCUCUCCAACAUCCCACCAUCUGUGGUUGAAGAAGACCUCAGGAUGCUGUUUUCCAGCUCAGGAGCUGUAGUCAAGGCCUUCAAGUUCUUCCAGAAGGACCAUAAGAUGGCCCUGAUCCAGAUGGGCUCGGUCGAGGAGGCCAUCGAGUGCCUCAUCGAGUUCCACAACCACGACUUGGGAGAGAACCACCACCUGCGAGUCUCAUUCUCCAAGUCCUCCAUCUGAGCCUCUAGUGUGACCCGAUGGUGUCCGCUACACUCCAAUCAUUCCAACGCUGUCUGCAGAAACCCCUGUGAAGUCUGGUGUGAUCUUAAAUUAUUACUUUUUAAACUCGUUGAAUGGUUUGUUGUCUUCAAAGAGGGCGGGGUCAUUAUGAGGAAUAUUGGUUCUGAGAAAUUCACCGUUUAAUCUCAGAUGUAGGGGGGAUAAAGUCAGUGUUCUGAGUCUGACAGGACUUUUGGAGGAAUCCAGAACUCUCAGAUAGUCAGACUGUCAUCAUGUUGAUGUUUUUUUUUGUGUGUUACGAUGCCGUGACCUUUGAGCCACUCUUGCCUUUGACUUUAAAUCCUAUAAGGAAUUGAAGUCAGCCUUUAGAUUUGUUCCUCUGGAGCUCAGAUUCUUUAAUUCUGACUUUACUAACUCAGGCCACGUUUACAAUACAUCUAUCAAUGAAAACAGAAUCCUUUUUGUGUUUUCAAACUAGCCAUGCACAUGGAUCUGUAAGGACACUGUAGUACACAUGCCUGGCCAGUAGUUGGCAGUGUGAUUGUAAUGAAACCACACGUGCAGGCACCAGUGCAUGCUUCCCUCUGCAGAGCCUUAAAGUGUGUGCUAAGCAGCAGUCACCAGUGCUGGAAAGAUUAACCCCAGUGCAGAGGAGCAUAAAGCUGGGUUUCCCCUGGUGUCCACUAGAGGCACUGCUGAGGCACAGGAAGUCACAGACACACCCAUGUUAAGAUGUUCAUUUCUACAUAAGAAAUAAACGUAUUCACAACCUGGUUUAAAAUAUGUUUUUGGUCGGAAUAGUUCACAUUUGUUGGGCACAUGCAUAAUGAGGAUGCAUGUUUUCUGUUUUCAGUUCUAAGAAGGAUGCGGGUCAUGUGAAUUAAAGGGUAUGACUGAUUAGACAAGCCAGCGUGUUGCAGCUGGUUGUCAGGAGAUUCAGAACUCCACCUCAUAGUCUGUCAAAGCUGAUCCACAGGCCAUUUGACAGCAUUUUCACUAGCUCAGAGUAGCUUCAGAAGCCUCCUUAACCAAAUGACUGAAUUCACUUAGACUCUGUCCAACGCUGACCACAGUCUAACUUACUACAUCUGUGUUUAAAGAUUCAAAACACAACCCUUCUUUCUUGUUUGUUAUGACAUUUGUGAGAAAACAUCCUGAGCUGGGGCUGCUGUUCCAAGCAACCCUGAACUAAAACAGAAGAAAAUAACACUGAUAGUGGGCAGCACCCACAGAACUUGGAAGUCCGCCUACCUGUGCAUGGCUACUGGCUAGAACUGCAAUGAGCAUGUGCGUGUUAAAAAUGUCUGUUUUCAGGUACCUUCUAACUAGGGCUGAACGAUUAAAAACAAAAUAUAUCUGAUUGUGGUUAUUUUGACUCGUAUUGCAAAUUCUAUGUGAAUUGGCGUAUUGAAGGAUGAUAAUUUUUAGGUAAUUCUCAUUUUGAUUGAGGAGAACAUGCAAAAAUAAGGCAAGGAAACAAUUCUAAAACUCCUGAGUGUUUGCAUAAUUUUUAGAGCAGAGCAUCAGUGUUAAUUUUUGCAGCUCUUUUUAAAUUUAGUUUUAGUUUUAGUCUUUAAAUGAAAUGCAUUUUAGAUUUAGUCCAUAAAAAGUCCUCACAUUUUAGUCUCU